AGGACGCAGCUUCCUCAACCAAAGCGGGAUCCACGUAACGACGCAGCCUUCCGUAUCAACACCUCUGCUCUUUCGCAACACCCGGCGGAGCGCAGGAAGCGCCAGCAGACUCAGUCGCGACUGCCUGUCCAACAGGCCCACGAAAUGGACGACUUCAACAGCGAAACCGAUAGCGAUUACACUAGUUACUGGAGAGACUGGUUCAUCUCAUCGCGGGGUAAUGAGUAUUUCUGCGAGAUCGACGAGGAGUACUUGACGGAUCGGUUCAACUUGACGGGGCUUAGUACGGAAGUGCAAUACUAUCAGUAUGCGCUCGAUCUGGUCACUGAUGUCUUCGAUCUGGAUUGCGACGAUGAUAUGAGGGAGACGAUUGAGAAGUCUGCCAGGCACUUAUACGGUCUCGUGCACGCAAGAUACAUUGUAACGACCCGAGGACUGGCAAAGAUGCUGGACAAGUAUAAGAAGAACGACUUUGGCAAAUGUCCACGCGUCAUGUGCAAAUCACAACCCCUCCUUCCCAUGGGCCAGUCGGACAACCCCAACAUCAAAGCCGUGAAGCUCUACUGCUCCAAGUGCGAAGAUAUCUAUAACCCAAAGUCUUCGCGUCACGCCGCCAUCGAUGGCGCGUACUUCGGGACCAGCUUCCACAACAUCCUGUUCCAGGUGUACCCAGCGCUGAUGCCCGCCAAGAGCUACGAACGCUACAGUCCUAGGAUCUAUGGAUUCAAGGUUCACGCGCCUGCAGCGCUGAUUAGGUGGCAGAAUGGGCAACGGGAAGAUAUGAGGAGGCGGCUGAGGCAUUUGAAGGUUGACAGUGGAUUUGUGGAUGAUGAGAGGGAUGAACUGGACACCGAAUAUGAGGAGGACUUUGAGCCAGAGGGUGUCGCGAACGGUUCUGUUGCGGGCGGGCCUGUGAAUGGCAUGGCAUGAAAUGUUCACCUUUGUGACGGGAUAAAAUCCCGAGGUGAACUGAUGAAGAUAUGAUGUCUGGUUUCUCAACAAAUGGGCUGAUGGCGAGUGUAAGGGGGAUGCUGCACUGUAGGCGUUUUUCAAUAUGGGAUAAUUAGGCGCGGCGAAUCAUACAUGAUGCCGCGAUGGGACGAGGAAUAGCUUCAUAUGUUGAGUGUUUAUCACUGGCCAAGGCAUAUAGAAAGUCAACCAGG